CCGGGCGUGAUGGUCGUUCGUUUCCAGACUGAACUCUGUGUGAGAUUAAUCGCGAUUCGGUGAUAACAGAACCGUCAAACAUGAAGAAAUCCCCACCGCCGGUGCCACCGAAGCCGAAAAGUGUACUGUUGAAACCUACGAAAUCAUUCAUCGCAAUUUUAAGCCAAGCUCAGCUGAGGGACAGUGGAAUUUCGGUAGACGCGAUUAGUCCCGGGAAAAAUGAACCCUCCCCCAAACCGGAUCGAUCGACGACGAGCAGCGUGAAAAAGUUGGCGGAACAAUUUUCACACCUGAAUUACGUUAUGGGAAGUGGAGUGGAAAAGCCAAAAGUGCCACCGAAGCCCGUGCAGGCUAAAGUUGUAACGCAAGAGUGUGAAUUAGUGGACGAGAAUCUAGAUCUUGAAGAUUGUGAUAAUAUUUAUGAUGAAGUGUUUAUAAGCGACGACGACGAGGGCUAUUACGCACCAAUUCCCGCUGAAGCACCACAAACAGCAUUACAAUGUCCUCCCAGUCCCCGAAAUGCCGUCGAAGAAUUCCUUCAAAACGAACGAAAGUACGUCAUCCGAUUGGGAGAAUACAUCGAACAACUCAUCCCUGUGAUGUACCAACCGAAUCUACCUCAAAGUCUGCGUUUCCAGAAGAACAACAUCUUCGCCAACAUCGAGGCGAUCCACGCGAUGCACCGAGAUGUGUUGCUUCCACGGUUGGAACUGUGCGACGGAUGUCCGGGCCGGAUUGCUGACCUGGUUACUGAACUCAUCGAGAACGAUGAUUUGUACUGCUACGUUCUGUACGCCAUGAACAAGCAUCGCUCAGAGCGGAUUUGCGAUGCCAAUGCGGAGUUCUUCCAGACCAUCUUUCAAGAUUUGAGCAAGUUCCUGGUUGAACCAAUCCAGCGAUUGCCACGGUAUAAGCUGCUUCUGAUCGAAAUCUACAAGGGAACACUACGAGCCGCGGACACCAGCUCAAUCCGAAGAGAGGCCGCAGCUUUGUGCAAAGCUGAAUCGGCGCUGUCGGACUUGAUAGAGCUGGUUGAUGCAGCGGUCAGCUUGAGUGACAUUCUACCAGAUCCAGAUGUUGCGUCAGGAUCAUCUGCGGGACUCCAAACCCUGACCUACCACGAGGAUGUUCCACUAGCCCUAGUCCUGCGUCCAGAUGCAACCAAAAAGUCUGCUCCAAAGAAUCCUAUCAACCUCCUCUACCAGGGGAACCUCAAAAAGUUUAUGGAACUCCCAGUCUACGACUACGACGAACGCCGCAAGUACACCUCGAAAAUCUUCAUCUUCGAAAAGUUGCUCCUCUACACGGAGAAAAAGUCCAAACUGGAGUACCGCGGCCACUACUUUGACAGUGAGCUAAACUACCGGACGGAAUCUCGCAACAAAGUGCUGCUGUUCAGCAAACAUCCGGGUACGCAAGACCUGCAGGUGAUGGCGAGCGAUCCAGCCCGGCUCAAGUACCUGACCGAUUGUGUGCACAUUAUGCGCGAAAAGCACGUCUACUAUCAGGCGGUGGAGUUUAUCGCCCACAAGGAGCACGAGCGGCGACACUCGAUUGCGUCGCAGCUGAUGCUCGAGGAGCUGCAGCAGGAAGAGCAGGUGGACGAAGAAGAUGCGGAAUGGGACGUCGAAGCCCACCUCACCACGCUCGUAUCCUGUCAGCAACAGUUCUGCCACGUUCUGCAAACAAACAUGGACUUUUACAUGCCCCGGGAAACCCGCGACAAGCCGGGUGUGGCCAGUUUCGUCGAGGUGUUCACCAAAAUGCACCAGCUUCACAUCAACCAAAUUCUGCCGGACAUUGCCCAGGCCUCAACCCCCCUGGAAAUGUGCAAAGUAUUCCAGGCGUAUCUGCAGGGUGACGUCCUCUCGUCCAUCUACUUCGAAUAUCUGAGGGAGUUCAAGAGAGCAAUCAGUAUUAUCAGCAUUCAUCGAACGCCAGCGACCUUCAACAACCUGGUCGCACCGAAAGCCGAAGACUUUACCUACCUUUGCGUGGAUCACCUGCGCGAGUAUUGCCGGUUCUUCGAGCGGUUCAGCGUGCGGAUGUCCGAUGCCAGCAGCUGCAACCUCCCAAUCGACAUGGACCUGUUCCGGCAGCUUGCCAUCACCCAAACGGAGAUGGCCAAGUUUGUGGCGAACGUGAAGCAGAACUACCGACUGUUCCGGCUGGACGAUCGCGCCGUGGAGUGCGGAAUGGUCAAGUACGGCGAGCUGGUUAGGCUGGAUCGUGACGAGGGCGAACCAUUGAGCUGUAGACUGUUUGUGAGCGAGCGGGCGGCGAUUUGUGUCGCGAUUCAGACGAUUCAGGAGAAUGAGAAGAGUUCCGAGCGGUACAUGAGGAUCGUGUUCAUCGAUCGCUUUGGGGGUCGUGCGACCCCUAUUAAACUAAGAAAAAGCAAAAAGACUGAAUUCAGACUCAACUUUGUGAUCGACGGUAUCAAGUUUAAGGUUAUCUUCAACAGCCGACAGGCUAAGGAACGGUUCUACAACAAGUACAUCGACAGUUUUGUGCUUAUCAAAUAAAAUGAGAUUUAUUGAAACA